AGGGAGAAGCCUUAUACAGGAUAUUUCUGCCCAGCUCACAGACAUCUUGAACAAUGUCAAUGGUGUCAUCAACUGCUUCCAGGAAGAAUCAGGAUAUGAUUUAAAAGAAAAGACAAAAUCUUACCAGAUGGAGCAAAAGGGCAAGAAGAGAUGCAUCUUGCUAGAAAAAAUUUCUUCCUUCUCCAAAGAUGCUAAGACUAAAGAAAAGCACCUGUAUGAAAUCCUCCGUUGGUUGGGUGACUGGGUUGACAGUCUGACCUACGAGAUCAGGAACAGGAAGAGUGAGGACGAAGAGGAAGCCCUGAAUGAAUGGAUUGAAGUAAUAGAGAAAGUGUUACCUCUCUCCCUCAUCACCACCAAAGGAGGCAUAGAGUCUCUCAUUUCCCUUUGCUCCACUGUCAUUGAGGAACAAAAGAAAAGGUCACAAAUGCCCAAACACAUCUUCUGGCAGGGCUGGAGGGAGAAAAGCCCACAAAAAUCUUCACCCCACCUUCAGCCACUGAGCCCAGAACAGAUGCUCCAGGACAAGCAUGCCACCUGUACAAAGGUCUCCGAGGUGAAGUCCAUGCUGCAGGAGCUCCUGUACUCCACCAUGUUCAUCAAGGGGGAGGUCAAGGCCAUCAGAUACAUGUCCACUGUGGUAGAGAAUCUCAACAAGGGCUUGGUCCUCCAGCACAAGGAGAACAGGAGCCUGGAAACCAAAUACAAGUGCUUGCAAAUAGAGAUGGCCAAAGAGCUCAGCAGCCAGAGGCUGCACUUCCAGAAGUCCAUCCAAGACCUUGAGAGCCAGAGGGAUGCUCUCCUAAAGCGGGUAGCAAUUCUAUGGGCAAAGUGUCAUGACCUCAUCCUGACGAAGCAUGCCCUGGAGUUCCAGCUGAAGAAGAUUCAGAUUGCUAGAAAUCCAGCCAGAGACCCAGCUGAGGUGACUCCUGACUUCCCGCCCACCUCUGAGAUAAGGACCCUUCCACAGACAGGAACAGUCAUGGAGGAAGUGCGACAGGAUCCCAGGGAGGAGGAACAGUUGAUUUCACUUUCCUCAAGUCCCAUUGCCAGUGGGGUGACACCUUCAGCAUCCCAGCCUUUCUCCACCAUGAGAAUGCAGUCGAGCAUCACAGAUGUGUUUAAGGACACCGAGAUCCUUGAGUCUAUGUUAUCACCCUCAGAAGGUGAUACAAAAUCAGAAAGACUGGUGGCAGAGGGCCAAAUCCACAGGGACAAAGAACAAGGGGACCACUUCUCAGAGAAGGAAAGAGUCCAAAUUAAGCCACAUUUUCGGAAGCACCUAUCCAUAGGGAGCUCUGAGGAGGUGCCCUUGGAGAGCCAGGUGGAGCUCUGGGAAGAGGAACUCAGCUGGCAGAGGCAGAGGCAGCGGUGGCUGCAGGAGGAGGAGAUGUGGCUGCAGCGGCAGAGAAAGUGGGUCCUGCUGGAGCAAGAGCACCAGGAGAAGUUGCAGCAGUGGGAGAUGGAGGCAGCAACCAGGCAGCAGCAGCAAACAUGGGCCUGGCCAGAAGAGGAACGACAGAGCCUGAGGAGGGAGCCAGCAGGACUGAGGGAAGACACUGAGAGGCUGAUCUUUACAAGCACUAAUUGGUGCAGGAACUUGGAGAAGGCAGAGCCACCCCUAAGCCGGGCCCAAUCUGCUUGCCAAAGUAGGACGCCAUACUUGCCCAGGUCCUCCCAUAACCAGGAGCCCGGCCUGGGAAACCAGACAACCAUGAGUUCAACUAAGUGUGCUCAGAUGCCAUGGGCCAGCCGUGUUCCCACCAAGUCCAAGAAAUCUGCCUCCUUUCCUGUCACUAGGACAUCCAUCCGAAGGGCAACCCGGCCCUCUCUGCAGAGGUGCCCGGUCACCUCUAAGGAGAUGUACCACAUGGACAUGGAGGCCCAGAAGAAGAACCUCCAACUCCUGAGUGGGGAGUCAAAGCUGGGGCUGCCACAUUACCUGCGCAGCAAGGCCUUAGAGCUCACCACCACCACCAUGGAGCUGAGUGCACACAGACUACACUGCCUGUGCCAGAAAUAUGUUCUCUACAGACACUUUGAGAGCCUCCGACAAGCAGUGAUCAACCACGUGAAAGUCAUGGGAGAAACAAGGACCUCCUACAAGGCCCUCCUAGAUGUCUUCCUGGAAAAUAUUGACCGCCAGCAAAGGCUCAGGUUGCAGGCCUGGACGGACAAACAGAAGGAACUGGAGAAGCAGCACAGGGAGUGUUUGAGCAGCAUGGUGACCAUGUUCCCCAAGCUCUGCCUGGAGUGGAAUGUUCACCUAAACAUCCCUGUGGUCAUCUCCUCAAAGCCAAAGAAAAGCAAGUCACCCCUAGCCUUACGCCGGCGGAUCCAUUCCAGCAAUCCCACUUGCAAGCAAUCUUUUCUACCCAGUCAACUGAAAUGUGUGCCCUUGUGGUCACCCAGUGCCUCCGUGACCCAGAGGAAGGAAUGCCAGGAACCCACAGAGGAGCCAGCUGAGCUUGUCUGCAAAAAGUUGAGCCAGUCACUCCCUAGAACCCUGCAAAGCCAGAAGGAAUGAAACAGGAACAGUUCCAGUCUCCACUCCACCCCUUAACUAGUGAUUCUCAAACUUCAGGGUGACUAAAAAAUCACACGGGGACUUGUUCCAAAUGCAGAUUCCCAGCUGGUGCUUUUAAACAAACACUGGGUGUUUCUAAAUAAUCCUAGAACUUUGAAUAACAUUUUUUCUCCAUUAGUCCCCAAACCGUACAUUUUUAAUAAAACAGAGAUUACAUCUAUUUGUGGAAACCCAUACUUCCUUAACUCAUUUUUGGAACCUAGCCCAUAACCACCUUGACAUGGAGCUGGGCACGGAUCAGAGGACCGUCCAAGUGUUGCCUCUACCCUCGCAGAGCUUGUGUGUGCACAAACCAAACACUCUCUACAGCCAGAGAUGAAUUUUGGCCUCUAACUGCCUGGCUCUCCCCUUGCUCAGGUCCAUUCAAGGGAGCCAACAAACUGAAACAGCCAUCAUUAGUGCCUUGGCACAAAGUCAGUAUAAUUCUUCAUUUAAUCAAAUGACUAACUGGCUACCAGUGAUUAUCAUGACAGCUCAGAAGAUAAGAACAAAAGGAGAUGUCAAUCCAAGUCAGGGCCAGGUGAAAUGCAUGUGUGUCUGAGUCGUGGUGACAAAGGUAGAUGAAAUCGAGACACAGAGGUUCCAAAUCCAGACAGUAUGGGCUACAGAAGCUGUGUGUGGCAGUUACACGUCAGUUCAGUGACGAUGCUGCUUUGGUUACUCCAUGUGUGGCACCAUUCAUGCCCUUCCUCCCCGUCUCUGGCACACGGCUCCCUGCCUCAUUCCUACGGAGUCUCCCUGACCCGCUUCUCUACUCACCCAGCACACUCGGCCUAGGGACCAGACGUGACAAGUAGGAAAUGGCCCUGUCCUCAGAGAGCACAUAUCCAGGCUCUUUCUCAGAAACGGUGCCCAUCUUUGCUUCCAGUCUAAAGUUGGGACUCCGGGAAGAGGUAGGAAAUGAACAUCUGGUGCUAUGGAUGACAUCAGGAGGAUUUAAUAUCUUCACAGCACAAGGGUGCCUGGCCCAGGGAGGAGGGUGAAGGCUUUCUGACGCAGGCUGCACCCAGGGGUCAGCUGUGGCAGUGAAGGGCUAGCUCCAGCUUCUCAGGUCUCAGGCUCACUCUUAUGGGGAGGCCUCAUCC